AUGGGGGCCUGUCUGUCUUCGGAGUCCGUAGAGGUUAGCGAUGAGGAGAAGAGGCUACAUAGGCAGGCAGAGAAGAGCCUGAAGGAGGCCAAGGCAAAGAUGGCCAAGCAGGUCAAGGUCCUCUUGCUUGGCUCUGGCGACUCAGGGAAGUCGACGGUUCUGAAGCAGAUGCGACUAAUCCAUCGCGUCCCAUUCUCCACGCAGGAGGUCGAAUCUUUCCGGCAACUUGUGUUUAACAACCUUACACAGGGCAUCAAGUACCUGCUCGACUCAAUGGAAGAUAUGGGUCUUGAGGUCUCCGAAGAGAACAGGUCAUAUCUGUCUCUGGUGGACGACGCAGCGGAUCUCAGAGACGGGGAGCCAUUCCCACCGGCUUACUACGAGCCACUGAAGAGAUUGUGGGAGGAUCCGAGUGUACAGAAGGCAUGGGACAGAGGCAAUGAGGCCGCUAUUCCGGACAAUCUGCUGUAUUAUUUCUCGGACCUGGGUCGACUUUUCGAGCCUACUUACGUACCGAGCGAACAAGACAUUGUCCGCGCUCGCGUGCGGACUAUAGGCAUCACCGAAACUGUCUUCCACCUACACGAUCAUGAACUUCUGAUGGUAGACGUGGGUGGCCAGAAGAGUGAACGGCGUAAAUGGAUUCACUGUUUCCAGGAUGUCACCAGUAUCUUGUUUCUGGUCAGCUUGAGUGGUUAUGACCAAUGCCUCAUCGAGGAUAAAGAUGCGAAUCAAAUGCAAGACGCAAUGACAAUAUGGGAUUCCAUAUGUCACUCUCAGUGGUUUAAACAAACAUCCAUAAUUCUUUUCCUGAACAAGAACGACCUCUUCGAACAGAAAGUCAAACAUUCGGAUAUCAAGAACUUUUUCCCUGAUUUCGAUGGCGAACCUGGUGAUGCUCACGCUGGAAGAGACUAUUUUAAGAAGCGGUUCGCAAAGUUGGCCCAGAAAGCUAAUGCGAGGGAACGCGAGAUUUAUAUCCAUGUGACCACUGCUACUGAUACCGUAAUGCUAAAGGUAGUAAUGGCUGCAGUUGAAGGCAAGUCUAUUCUGUCACAACAUGAAUUUCAGUCUAACUCUAUUUUCUUCAGACAUAAUUCUUCGGCGAAGCCUUACUACAGCAGCAAUGAUCUAAUCCUGCAAUGA